CGACAGGUGCGCGUGAAAUGCUAUUGUGUUGUUAGUCAAGUAUUUCAAUAUGCUAGUGACUAUAGACGUAUAGAAACAGUGUGUGCGCGAUUUAUUGAUUAAUUCUAUGCAUAGUAUUCAUUGUUUGGGUUUAUUUUUUGUUCUCCAAAUGUAAUUAGAACACAAUAUUUCAUUAAACCGAAUUAAAACGCAAAAAAAAUAUGAGGACAUCGAUAAAGCGGGAGGCGAAUGCCUUUACAAAAUUCCGUUUGUUAAUGUGGAAAAAUUUCCUGCAACAAUGGCGUCAUCCGCUACAAACCGCCACAGAAGUGUUGUUGCCGGUGUUAACAACAACACUGGUGCUUAUAUUGCGUUGGCAGAUUGAACCAAUUCAACGGGAUUCUGUCACUUUCCCGCCAAUACCCGCUUAUAGUCUCAAUCAUUCCCUCGAUGUGUUAAUGGUUAUGAAUUUAACGCGAAUGUCAAUUGCCUACUCUCCGAAAAGUCCAAUGCUGGAAGAUGUGGUAAGAAGUGCGAUGGCUAACUUGAUUACUCAGAAUGCUAGAAAUAUAGCUCCAAUAUUAGAGGAGGCAAUGCCAGGAUUCCCUGACAUAUCAGAGUGGCCAGACUUUCCAGAUCUUUCGAACAUAACCUGGCCACCUGAUUCGAUAGAGUUUCCUAGUGUAACUUGGCCACCCGAAUGGCCUGACCUCUCCAAUGUAACCUUGCCACCCGAAUGGCCUGAUCUCUCCAAUAUGACCUGGCCACCAAAUUUAGCUAAUGUGACAUUACCACCUGGUAUAAAUGAAAAUAGUACAAUUCAUGAUAUAUUGAAGUUGAUAAUCAGAGUUGAUGGAUACAACAAUAGCGAGGCUCUAAGAGGAAUUUACAGUUCAGAGCCUAUUGCGCGAGAAGUUGUAGCUGCAGUACAGUUUCACGAUUCACUUUAUGGUGCCACGGAACUGCCUAUGGAUUUGUCUUAUGAAUUAAGGUUUCCUGAAAGACUACGAUUAAAUUCGUUUUUAGGGCGCGGUGGGCGCACGUGGCGAACAGAUUCUGUUUUUCCGGCAUUUGAAUUUCCAGGACCACGGUUUCCAUUCUCCUGGGCAGGUGGUAACGAUCCAGGAUACGUAAUCGAAAUGUUUAUAGCACUACAGCAUUCUAUAUCUACCGAAUUAAUUGCACGAUUAACUGGCAAAGAAGAAAUACGGCAAUUUAAUGUGCAAAUACAAAGAUAUCCUCAUCCAAGCUAUGUAGAAGAUUUAGCUGUAGAAGCACUGCAAUUUUUGUUCCCUUCCUUUAUAUUACUUAGUUUCAGUUACACAGCGGUAAACAUAGUAAGAGCUAUUACAACAGAGAAAGAACUUCAAUUAAAGGAAACAAUGAAAAUAAUGGGUCUUCCAACAUGGUUGCAUUGGACGGCGUGGUUUUCCAAGCAAUUUAUUUAUUUAUUAUUGACGGCAACACUUGUUUUAGUGCUUUUAAAGGUCAGUUGGUUUACCAAUGAAGAUGGUUUUGGUGAUUACGCCGUUUUCACAAACACUCCGUGGACAGUACUAUUGUUUUUUAUAGUUUUGUAUUUAGUUUGUACAAUAUUUUUUUGUUUUAUGAUAAGUGGAUUUUUUUCAAAAGGCGGCACGGCGGCAUUGUUUACGGGCAUUAUUUGGAUGUUAUCAUACAUUCCGGCACUCCUGCUAUCCAUGGAUAAUGAUGUGUCGCUUGGAUUGCAAGUGUUCACAUGUUUGAGUCUAAAUUGUGCCAUGUCCUUUGGUUUCCAGAUACUGCUUGGCAGGGAGAGUACUGGAGGUUUGCAAUGGGGAGAAUUUAUGCAAUCUCCUACAACGGAUUCGAAUCGCUUCGUAUUUGGUCACGUUAUUAUAAUGAUGUCUGUAAAUUGUGUGCUCUACAUGUUGAUAGCUCUGUACUUAGAACAAGUACUACCGGGCUCGUUCGGUAUGCCACAAAAAUGGUAUUUCCCCAUCCAAAAAAGUUUUUGGUUCCCGAAAAAAACUAUUUUAAGUGACGACAACUUCGACGACAGUAACACGGAUGAUAUUGUUAAAGAAAAGGACCCAACAGGUCACUUCGUUGGAGUGGAAAUGAAUAGACUAACACGAGUUUUUGGCGCUAAUGUAGCUGUUGACAAUUUAUCGCUGAAAAUAUACGACGACCAAAUUACUGUUCUGCUCGGACACAACGGUGCGGGGAAAUCAACCACCAUGGCUAUGUUAACAGGAAAUUUGCAAGCGACACACGGAUCAGUAACUGUUGCCGGAUAUGACGUAGCCACUCAAGGGAAUUAUGCUCGUGCUCAUCUUGGCUUUUGUCCUCAACAUAACGUCCUAUUUAAUGAGCUCACUGUCAGGGAACACUUGGAGUUCUUUGCGAGGCUCAAAGGUUUCACCGGUGACGAACUUUAUCAAGAAAUCGAUAAUUUAAUUGAGAAGUUAGAGCUGCAAGACAAGCGCGAUUAUCAGUCGCAAGGAUUGUCAGGUGGUCAAAAGCGUCGGUUGUCUGUGGGGAUUGCACUUAGCAGUGCCGCCCGAGUGGUUCUCCUAGAUGAGCCAACGUCCGGAAUGGACCCUGCUUCCCGCCGAGCGCUUUGGGAUUUACUGCAAAGAGAAAAGAAAGGGCGUUCCAUGAUUCUAACAACACACUUUAUGGACGAAGCGGACAUUCUUGGAGACAGAAUAGCAAUAAUGGCUAGUGGUAAACUGCAGUGUGUUGGUUCUCCGUACUUCUUGAAGCGGCAUUACGGCCUCGGAUACACAUUGGUUAUUGUCAAAAAUGAAGAUUUUAAUUUCGAAGCUUGUACAAAACUACUUGAAAAAUACAUUCCUAGCAUUACAAUCAAACAGGAUCGCGUUUCCGAAAUAACAUAUACAUUAGCAACCGAUUAUUCGAAUAAGUUUGAGGCCAUGCUCAAGGAAUUGGAAGAUAAUGCAGAACAAAUAAGUAUCAAGAACUACGGUUUGAUACCGACUACUUUAGAAGACGUAUUUAUGUCUGUGGGAUCCGACGUUGCUUUAGUGCACUCUGUGUCAGACGACGGUGCCGGGACAUCGGACGCCUCAAGUGACGACCUUCUAAAGCUUGAAUGCGAUUCUAUGGAACAAUUGAACAAGGACACAGAAAUAAUGACCGGAUUCCCGCUAAUACGACAGCACGUUAAGGCAAUUUGGUUGAAGUUAUGGCUUGUGUGGAUUCGCUCCUGGUGGUUGAUCAUCCUUCAAGUUCUGGUGCCAGUACUACUCAUGAAUGCAUCGCUGUAUGUACUACAGAUCAUGACUUCUUUAGUGCCCUCUAUACAGGACAGACUGCUAUCGCUUGAAGAAGGAUACACGAGAACAGAGACGUUUUUGUCGUACAAUGGAACCGAAGGAAUAAAUUCCGGAACUUUGGGUGCUCUAGCAAGACGCGCCUACGAGCUUAUAUACAACGAGUCAACUGUAGCUACGAUGGGACUUACUACAGUCGAUAAUCAAAUGAUUGAUCAAUAUUACCUAAGCAGGGGAGAGAAUCCGAUGGCAAUGGGUGCGAUGCGGCAUAGUGUACUAACCGGCGCAACAUUCGACGACAACUCUGCUACGGCCUGGUUCAGCAACUUCGCUUACCACGACGUGGCCACCUCAUUGGCAUCAAUUCAUGCCGCACUAUUGAAAAGCAUCAAUGCCUCGGCAUUGAUUAACGUGUUCAAUCAUCCCUUGGAGGCUACUUAUGAAGAUCAGAGGAAUAUUCAAAUGAUGGUUCAGAUGCUUUCUAUGCAAGUUGCGAAUGGCGUCGGCAGUAGUGUGGGAAUAGUUAGCGCUGUGUUCAUUAUGUUUUAUAUAAAGGAGCGUGCGUCUGGUGCUAAAUUGUUACAAAAAGCCGCCGGUAUUCAACCGAUUGUGCUUUGGGGUAGUUCUGCUGUGUUCGACUGGUUUUGGUUCCUUAUCGUAUGCGUCACAAUUAUCAUCUCAUGCGCAAUAUUCCAAGUUAUUGGCCUUUCUACAGCUGCAGAAUUAGGGAAUUUGUACCUAUGCUUUAUGUUGUACGGUGCGGCCAUGCUGCCUCUCAUCUACAUAUUGUCACACCUGUUUAAUGGGGCUGCAAUCGGUUUUGUUGUCGUAUUCUUCCUGAAUGUACUAUUUGGGAUGAUGGGGGCCCAGAUUGUAGAAGCGUUGUCUGCACCGCAGCUCACCACGCAGGAUGUGGCUGACAUCAUAGAUUACAUAUUACAGUUCUUCCCACUCUAUAAUCUAGUCACGUGUGUGAGGAAAUUGAACCAAAUCGGUUUAAUAGAAUACACCUGCUUGCAAGGAUGUGACUUUCUGGCCGCCAUAACGCCCAACAUGGGGGAGUGUACAAUGGAGCUGAUGUGUAACUUUACCCGGACUUGCUGUAUACAGGAAAAUUCACAUCUGAAAUGGAAUGAACGCGGCGUUCUCCGCUACUUGGUCGUGUUAAUGUUCAGCGCCGGUGUAUUUUGGUCGAUAUUGAUGUUCAUAGAGUACCGCAUAUUUUAUAAGGUGUUUAGAUUUAAGAAGACCCCGCCGCCGAUCGACGAGACUCAGUUGGACAAAGACGUUGCUGAUGAGGCGCGGCACGUGCAUAGAAUAAACAAUAGCAGCUUGGCAGACCACGGACUUGUGGCUAAAAAUUUAUCUAAGUAUUAUGGCGCCCAUCUUGCUGUUGAUCAAGUAUCGUUUAGUGUAAGUGACUCGGAAUGUUUCGGACUUCUCGGCGUGAACGGAGCGGGAAAGACUAGCACAUUCAAGAUGCUUAUGGGAGACGAGACUAUCUCAAGCGGAGACGCUUACGUAAGCGGAUACUCGGUCCAGCGACAACUCACAGAUGUUUACCAGAAUAUUGGUUACUGCCCGCAGUUCGACGCGCUGUUCGGCGAGCUCACAGGCCGCGAGACGCUACACGUGUUCUCCAUGCUGCGUGGUCUUCAUUCCGACGUGCCCACGCCGCGGGCCGAAAUUCUUGCGCAGUCUCUUGGUUUCCGCAAACAUUUGGAUAAACGGGUAGAUCAAUACUCAGGCGGAACCAAACGCAAACUGAACACUGCAUUGGCGUUCUUGGGUAACACGAGAUUAGUGUUUAUGGACGAGCCUACAACUGGAGUAGAUCCCGCUGCUAAACGACACGUGUGGAGAGCUGUACGCGGCGUCCAACGCUCUGGUCGUGGCGUGGUGCUGACGUCACACAGCAUGGAGGAGUGCGAGGCGCUGUGCUCGCGGCUCACCAUCAUGGUCAAUGGACGAUUCCAGUGCCUUGGCACACCUCAGCAUCUCAAAAACAUAUUUUCUCAAGGUUUCACGUUGACCAUAAAGUUAUUGAUACCAGACGAUGCUUCUGCGGCAAUAAUCAAGAACAUUGCUGACGACAUAAAGAGCUUUGUGAAUACUAACUUUGUACGACCACGUAUUAUGGAAGAAUACCAAGGCUUACUGACGUAUUACCUGCCAGACCGCAGCAUACCCUGGUCAAGGAUGUUCGGCAUUAUGGAAAAUGCGAAACGAGAUCUACUCAUUGAGGACUACAACAUCUCACAGACUACACUUGAACAAAUCUUUCUACAAUUUACUAAAUAUCAGAGAGAAGGUCACUAGACUGAUAAGGGUUAUCUAAGCAUAUCACUACGGAGUAUUAAUAUUGUUAUAAUUAUUUCAGUGUAUUUAUACGACUAUACUCGUAUAUUUUAUAAGCAAAUUUAAGCUAGAGCAGGGGAUGGUUAGUCCAAAGAAGCAUGUUUCCUGACUGCGGACUACUUCAGUGUUUAGCGUAAACUUUCUCCAAACGUGCGAGUAUACACCCGCAAUAUUAUGCUAUAGAUACAGUCAGCCCCAAAUAUCAUGUAGGCACAAAUAAUACGCACAUGAAGACCAAAUGUAUGAAUUACAAAAUAUGCUACAUGUUCCUAUCAACGUAUGCUGCGAGUGGGGGUAACAGCGUCGAAGACGACAUACGCGCCACAUACACUCAAUAUGUAAAUAUAUAUUAUUUGUGUAUUUUGUCCUAAACUAGAUAAUCAAUGUGGUUUUACUAUAUUUUACAGAACUUUAGAGGAAUGUUUUUGUACAUAAAAAUAUUACUUAAGUUUAAGCGAAAUCAAAAUCACUAUUGUCUAACUUAAAUUUUCAUAUGUUGCGGUAAGUUUGAAUCGGGGAAGACCGUUGAUCUAAAAUUACUAUUAAACCCUUACUAAAAUUAAUUCAGUGGCCACUAAGACGUGAUAUAUUUUAAAAUGGCACUUCAUUUUGUGUUUGUCUGUGGUGGAAAUGUGGGUGGGUUUAGCAGUCGUUAUGAGUUGACGGUCUUACCUCGCGUUUCGAAUUUACCCCAACAUACAUUAUUUAUUAUUAAGAUAAUUAUUUAUAAUAUUCUUCUAUUCUCGGUACAUUAUGUCAAUCAGUUGGGUUGCUCAGAAACUGAGGUCGAAAAAAUAUUUUUUCUAAACGAAAAGUAUGAGUUAGAGAGAAUCUGGGCUUCGAGAUGCAAACUCGCAGAUAUAAUUUUGAGAAAAUCAACAAUUACUUUUCUACUUGUACCUGAACUAAAAUGAAAUACUUAAUCCAUACUUACUUUUUCAAGAUGCUCUUAAUACAAAAUUUAUGAUUGAUAAAGAACCGGCAUAGAGUUAUCACAUAAUUCGAUGGAUAAUACCAAGAAACAAUUAAGUACCUGCUUACGAAAUCAAUAAUUACAGGAUUAUAUACUCGAUAAAAUGUUAAAAUAUAAUUAUGUACAUUACUUAAUACAUGAAAAUAUAAUACAACAUUAAAUUAUAAGUACAGUAAGUAAUUAUAAUUGACAAAUUAUAAUAAUUAAUAUAAGGUUAAUUGGUAUACUAUCAAUUUAUGUCGAUAUUUUAUUGUUUGUGGUCUGAUGAUGCACUCUGUGAAUAGAUUUAAGGGAUUAAUGAAUUUUCUAUAUAAAUAAUUCUUUAGUGCAAUAUUUUUUUUAUAAAUGUUUUUGUAAGGUAAGUACUUACUUAUUAUAAUGAGAUGAGAAAACAUGACAUAUUUUUGUGUAUAUAAUUUUUUUA